AUGCCUCCCAAGAAAGCAACUGGUGUGACCAAGAAGGCGGCGCCUGCUGCUCACGCCUCUUACCGCGAUAUGAUCAAGGAUGCUAUUGUCAACCUCAAGGAGCGCAAUGGAUCCAGUCGUCAGGCCAUUAAGAAGUAUGUUGCUUCUAACAACAAGAUCACCUUCGCGUCUCAGAGCGCUUUCGAUGCCCAGUUCAACAAGGCUAUCAAGUCUGGCGUCGAGAAGGGCGAAUUCACUCAGCCCAAGGGACCUUCCGGGCCUCUGAAGCUUGCGAAGAAGGAGGCCAAGCCUGCUGCUAAGCCUGCUGCCAAACCCGCUGCCAAGGCUGCUACAAAGACCGCUGCCAAGAAGACUGCUACUAAGGCCACUGCCGCCAAGAAGGCUGCCCCCAAGGUCGCCAAGACUACCACCAAGACCACAGCUAAGAAGCCCGUUGCUAAGAAGGCUGCUGCUAAGCCCAAGGCCAACUCAGGCAAGGCCCGCAAGACCAAGGCUCCUACUGCCGCCCCUGCCAUCGUGGAACAGCCCAAGGUCAUUGGAAAGACCAAGUCUGGAAGAGUCACCAAGUCCACUGCGCCGCCACCUGCAAAGGCCGCGGCUAAGAAGCGGGCCACUACUAAGAAAUAG